AUCAUUCUGGUUGGUUUCCAGAGUGACAGGUAAGUUUUUGGUCUGUACAAAGUCUGAGUUUCCAGUCACUAGUGGCUUUCUGUUUACUUUGCAGAGCUAUUUGCUCUUGGGGACAGAAGCUGACCGUGCACUCACAGCACAGACUUGUCAUGGGCCUAGCAGCCUCUGUGGCAUCUCCUGUCACAUUGGGAAAAUGAAGAAUUCCAGGACAUCGGUGUGGAGGGCGCUGGUGGAGCUACUUCUUCUCUGUGCUGCCCUGGGCUGUCUCAGUUUGCCUGGCUCCAGGUAUUGGAAUUCCAUCCAUGAAGUAAAAGAUUAGUCUUUAGUUCUGGGACAGAAAAUGCUGAGACCACCUUCGUAUUGGCCAAGAGAGUUUUUUGCUUUGACUUACUCUUGUAAUCAAGUCAGACAAUGAAAUCAUAAUCACUGUGUCAUAAGAUCUAUCAUUUAUAUAUUGCCACUCUGUACCAGCCACUUGGAAACAUUAGCUAUAAUCCUCACAGCUAUUCCAUAGGUGAAAGGCUACAUUCCUUUGAGUCAAAUGCAGUCAACAAGAGCUUUGCUAACAGCCGACAGACGCGGAAUGUGGAUGUUACCCUGAUGCCCAUUGAUUGUGAGCUGUCUAGUUGGUCCUCUUGGACCACAUGUGACCCCUGUCAGAAGAAAAGGUACAGGUAUGCCUACUUGCUCCGGCCCUCUCAGUUCCAUGGGGAACCGUGCAACUUCUCUGACAAGGAAGUUGAAGACUGUGUUACCAACAGACCAUGCAGAAGUCAAGUGCGAUGUGAAGGCUUUGUAUGUGCACAGACAGGAAGGUGUGUAAACCGCAGACUUCUUUGCAAUGGGGACAACGACUGUGGAGACCAGUCAGAUGAGGCAAACUGUAGAAGGAUUUAUAAAAAAUGUCAGCAUGAAAUGGACCAAUACUGGGGAAUUGGCAGUCUGGCCAGUGGGAUAAAUUUGUUCACAAAUAGUUUGGAAGGCUCAGUUCUUGACCACAGGUAUUAUGCGGGUGGAUGCUCCCCGCAUUACAUCCUGAACACGAGGUUUAGGAAGCCCUACAAUGUGGAAAGCUACACGCCACAGACCCAAGGCAAAUACGAAUUUACAUUGAAAGAAUAUGAAUCGUACUCAGAUUUUGAACACAAUGUCAUAGAGAAAGCAGCAAGCAGUUCUGGUUUCAGUUUUGGUUUUAAAAUACCUGGAAUAUUUGAACUUGGUAUCAGCAGACAAAGUGAUCGAGGCAAACAUUAUAUUAGGAGAACCAAACGAUUCUCUCAUACUAAAAGCGUAUUUCUGCAUGCACGCUCUGACCUUGAAGUAGCACAUUACAAGCUGAAACCCAGAAGCCUCAUGCUCCAUUACGAGUUCCUUCAGAGAGUUAAGCGGCUGCCCCUGGAGUACAGCUACGGGGAAUACAGAGAUCUCUUCCGUGAUUUUGGGACCCACUACAUCACAGAGGCCGUGCUUGGGGGCAUUUAUGAAUACACCCUCGUUAUGAACAAAGAGGCCAUGGAGAGAGGAGAUUAUACUCUUAACAACGUCCACGCCUGUGCCAAAAAUGAUUUUAAAAUUGGUGGUGCCAUUGAAGAGGUCUAUGUCAAGCUGGGUGUGUCCAUAGGCAAAUGCAGAGGUAUUCUGAAUGAAAUAAAAGACAGAAACAAGAGGGACACCAUGGUGGAGGACUUGGUGGUCCUGGUACGAGGAGGGGCAAGUGAGCACAUCACCACUCUGGCGUACCAGGAGCUGCCGACGGCAGACCUGAUGCAGGAGUGGGGAGACGCUGUGCAGUACAACCCAGCCAUCAUCAAAAUUAAGGUGGAGCCUUUGUACGAACUAGUGACAGCCACAGAUUUUGCCUAUUCCAGCACAGUGAAGCAGAAUAUGAAGCAGGCGCUGGAGGAGUUCCAGAAGGAAGUUAGUUCCUGCCACUGUGCUCCCUGUCAAGGGAAUGGAGUCCCUGUCCUGAAAGGAUCACGCUGUGACUGCAUCUGUCCUGUUGGAUCCCAAGGCCUAGCCUGUGAGGUCUCCUAUCGGAAGAAUAUCCCCACUGAUGGGAAGUGGAAUUGCUGGUCAAGUUGGUCUUCAUGCUCUGGAGGACGUAAGACAAGACAAAGGCAGUGUAACAAUCCACCUCCUCAAAAUGGGGGCAGCCCCUGCUCAGGCCCUGCUUCAGAAACACUUGACUGCUCCUAGCAGAUAAUACAGCAGUGGGCUACAUACAGUGAGAGCUCUGAGCCCUCAAGUACUCAGGCCAGCUCACCCCUACACCAGUUUCCACCUGGGAUUCAUGUGAGGGCAAAAGGCAGUGCCAUGCAGGCUGUUUAAAAUAAAGAUAUUAGCUUGUAAAAUGCCAGUUGAUUUAAAUAAAUACUGAGUUAAAGGCUUAA